AUGAGGGCAACUCACUUGCUGCCGGUUCUGGCAUUCAUAGCUCAGAUCCCUCCAUCAAAUACUCCGAAUGAUUUCGUGGAGAUUUGCGCUGGUGACGCACGAGUCUCCUGCGCUCUCCGACAAAGUGGUUUUUCUGGCAAGGAGUAUGAUGUGAUGUACUCGCGAAACCACGACUUGCUACGCACGGUUGGAUUUUUAACAAUGUUGAUGGCAGUCAGAAACUUACGACCAGGAGGACUGGUCCUGGUUGGGCCACCGUGUGCCAGCUGGAUAUUCUUGUCGAGAUCCCAAACUGGCCGCUCAUGGAGUAACCCAGAUGGAAACGGCUGUCGUGCUGUCGAGCUUGCCAACAUUUUCAUUCGACGUCUUCUAUAUAUAUUGUACUUUGCCCACAAGCGGGGGUGCAAGUUCCUCAUUGAGCAGCCAGUGAGCUCGGUCCUGUGGUAUUUUCGACCCAUGAGACAGUUUCUGCAAUUCACUGGUGCACGGAGAGUUGCAUUUCCUAUGGGAUCCUAUGGGAGCCCCAGCAUCAAAAUGACAGUGACCCAGAAGGGGACGCCGUUAGUGAAGAAGACUAUCUCGAAGAGCGGCAAGCAGCAAGUAACUGGGAUUAGGGGUGCGCUUCGGGAGUCUGCAUCCUAUCCUCCUGGUUUUGGGUUUGCGCUCGCUGGGUUUAUCCAACCAAAGGGAUCCCCUGCUCAAAGUUUGGACCUCGACAUUGGGGAAGCUGACCCUGAUGAAGAUGAUGAUCAAUCCAUUGAUGAUCUAAUUCGGGUUGGUGGUAGGAGGAAUGCCACCUGGAGAAAACUCCUGAUGGCAGAAUGA